AUGCAGCCCAGGAUCCUCCUCAUUGCUGCCCUCCUGGCGCUCCUGGCCACCAUCUGGGCUGUCGAGCCUGAGCCUGAGCCUGAGCCCGAACCCAAGCCCAAGGAUAGCUCCCUUCUGGGUGUCAUGCAGGGCUACAUGCACCAUGCCGCCAAGACAGCCCAGGAUGCGCUGACCAGCAUGCAGGAGUCCCAGAUGGCCCAGCAGGCAAAGGGCUGGGUGACUGAUGGCUUCAGCUCCCUGAAAGACUAUUGGAGCACGUUUAAAGGCAAGUUCUCCAGCCUCUGGGAUCUGACUCCUGAGGCCAAACCAACUCAGACUCCUGAAGACUUCUGA